AUGCUACGUCCUUACUGUGCCACUUUAUCUGCUGAAAGUAAUGGAUUCAAAUGGCGACUUCUACUAAGAAGUGGUCAAACAAAAGAAGAAGUCAUAGAAACAAAUGAAAGAUUGAGAGCUGUUAGAAUAAGAUUAGAAGAAUCUUACGAUACGGCAAAAAAGUCGCUCAUUACGUUAAUGACAAAAUAUACUGAAAGCAAGUCAACUAGAAAUGUUUUCCAAAGAUACAAUUUACUGAAAGCAAUGAUAAAGGAAGUUAUACGAUUAGAGACUCAGUAUUGGACUUUAGUGGAAAUACCUAAACAAGAAAAACAAGAGACUGUACCAUCUUUUGUGCUACGGGCAUGUGGAAUUGUUGAAAAAUCACAAAAAACCAGUGAUGGUGUUAAAUCAGCAACAAAGGCUUCCGAAGAAGAAGAAAAAAAACGAGAACUACUUGAAAGGCUAGCUGAACUUAGAAGUGUCAGUAAAAAUAUUAGAGUAAUAGUUUGGAAAUUGGAAGGAGCAAGGCCAUAUCUGGGAGGGUUAGGAGUUUUAGUUGCAUUAUGUAAUAAUUAA